AUGACCAUCCACAGCUCUGAAAUUUUCGCAGAAGGAAAGCAGCUAAUUCUAGCGCCGAUGGUCAGAGUCACUACUUUGCCGUUUAGACUUCUCUGUCUUGAAUAUGGUGCUGAUUUAGCAUACUCCGAAGAAAUUGUUGACCACAAAAUGCUCUGUUGUCGGAGGAUUGUGAAUGGUAUGCUGCGCAUUCACUUUAUUUUUAUUCGUUACGAAAGUGGGUUUGCCGAUUUAGAUGCACUGAAUACCAUCGACUUCUCUUUGCCCGGGGAGCGAUACCCCAUUUUUCGGACUUGCGAUGAAGAACGUGAUAAAGUGGUAUUUCAAAUGGGCACUUCUGACCCUGAGAGGGCCGUUCAAGUAGCGAAAUUAAUCGAGGCAGACGUGGCCGCCAUUGACAUAAACAUGGGCUGCCCCAAGGACUUUUCGGUACUGGGUGGCAUGGGGUGCGCUCUUCUGCAGGAUCCACUGAAGAUCGCGAAACUUGACUCAACUCUUGAAGUCUGCAAGUUAAUCGAACGUUGUGGCGCCUCAGCACUCGCAGUUCACGGUCGGACAAGGACAGACCGGCCAGACAGCAACAAUCGUAACAGUGAUAUCUCUACCAUUUGCAGAAUGUUAAACAUACCGGUGAUCGCGAACGGCGGUUCAAACGAUAUCUCUGAUUAUCAGAGCAUGGAGAACUUUCGAAAUCAGACCGGCUGCGAAAAGCUUAUGAUUGCCCGAGCUGCUAAGCGAAACCCUUCUAUAUUUUCAGCUUCUGGACUCAUGGACCUAAAUAGGAUCGUUUGUGAUUACUUGAAAUACGUAAGUGGAUUUUCGAACGUAGCAGUGGCGAUUAUCGAUUGGUUUAUUUUUGUUGCCCUUUCUCACCCUUGACC